UUUUCCACCCAGCGCACGAUCAUUCGGAAAAUUUUUACGUUCCUGUCAAGAAGCAGCAACAGUUUGCUCCCACGUCCUGCUCAAGAAUCGAAAUUUUCCGCCGAUUGUGAACCGAGUGGUUACCCGAAAUCUAAAGUUGGAAAAAAUGGUCGUCUUCGCUCUGCAAUCGAUGCGUGCAUUCCGAAAUGCGUACGGAUCUCUCGUCCGCCGGAAAUUUUCCACCAACAUUGGGGAAAAUCGAGCCGAGAAAGGAUUAGUUCUGGGGCUGUACGAGCAGGAAAUUGAAACGGACGAGCCUCGAUUGACCCCAGUGGCCGGCCACUUCGACGCAAAAACAGAAGGACAGCUGGCGAAUUUGAUAAAAGAGUCAAAUUUGAAAGGUAAAGUUGGACAAGUAAAGGUGUUCAACAAUAUUGAUCCGGAUUUCGGUUCGGUGGCAGUCGUCGGGCUUGGCCUGGAAGGACUCGGAUACAAUGAGUUGGAGCAGCUGGAUGAGGGUCUCGAGAAUGUUCGUAUCGCAUCUGGAGUCGGUGCCAAGUGCCUAGCAAAACAGGGAUGCACGCGAGUAUCGGUAGAACCCAUGCAGGCAGCAGAACAAGCGGCGGAAGGCAGUGGGUUGGCCACCUGGAAGUAUCAGGCCAACCGAAUGAAGUCGGAACGCAUCCCGAUUCCAAAGUUGGAUUUGUUCGAUUCACCGGAAGGUGAUGCAUGGACCAGAGGUUUGUUCAAGGCCGACGCACAGAAUCUGGCACGAAGCUUGUCGGAUGCUCCGGGAAACCAGAUCACCCCUACGGCUUUUGCCCAAGCGGCUGUGGAUGCACUGUGCCCAUGCGGUGUCAGCACUGAGGUGAGGAACAUGGACUGGAUCGAGUCAAAAAGCCUAUCAAGUUUCUUGGCGGUUGCAAAAAGCUCAUGCGAACCACCGAUCUUCCUGGAGAUAAGCUACUGCGGCGAACACGAUUCAGGACGGCCCAUUAUGCUGGUUGGUAAGGGGAUCACGUUCAACAGUGGUGGUUUGUGUCUCAAGGAUCCGCAUGGUAUGUCUCAAUACCGUGCCAGCAUGUCUGGAGCCGCAGCUAUUGUCGCCACCAUUCGAGCUGCGGCCGCGCUUUCCUUACCAGUCAAUUUGGUCGGACUAAUUCCAUUAUGCGAAAACAUGCCUUCCGGAAUGGCGUUCAAGCCAGGAGAUGUCAUCACCACUCUCAACGGGAAAACUGUUGCGAUACAUGACACCAACAACGCAGGUCGUCUGAUAAUGGCCGACACAUUCAUCUACGGUCAAAACACUUUCAAGCCGAAGAUAGUGUUGGACGUUGCUACGCUGACAAGUGGUGUAACACACGCCCUCGGAGGUGCUGCUAGUGGCGUGUUUUCGAAUUCGGACUUCCUGUGGAAACAGAUGCAGAAGGCAGGAGCCAUCACCGGCGAUCGCGUUUGGAGAAUGCCCUUGUGGAAGUACUACACUCAUAAAGUUACAAAUUACACAAACGUGGACAUCAGUAAUACUGGACAAGGAAAAGGUAGUGCCUGUUUAGGUGCAGCUUUCCUGAAGGAAUUCGUCCCAUGCGUAGAUUGGAUUCAUUUGGAUAUAACCGGUGUUGGAAUGCUGAAGAAAGGAGUUGGCAUUCCGUAUCUCGCUGAGGAACGCAUGACUGGACGGCCCACAAGGACACUGGUGCAAUUCUUAUAUCAGAUGGCCUGUCCAGACGAGCAGGUGAAAAGUCUUUCGAAGGAAUCAUGUGGUACAAAUUAGUAUAUGUGAGGUAGAUUUGUGAGGCGGCAUGGUUCAUAUUUAUUUAUUUGAUGAAUAUUUUAAUUAAAUCUAGUGGAUGUUAAUAAAACACCUUAAAAUCUAA